AUGGCUCCUUCCAACGGCGAUGCGAUCAACGGCGCGGCGCGGCCGCCUGUGCCAAUCCUCCAGGCGCCGAAGCUGAGCGUCAAGAUUUCGGCCACGGAGCUGAUCGGCAACACCCCGCUCGUGCGGCUGAACAAGAUCCCCCAAUCGCUCGGCAUCGAGGCCGAGGUCUACGCAAAGGUCGAGCUGUUCAACGCCGGCGGAAGCGUCAAGGACAGGAUAGCGCUGCGCAUGAUUGAGGAGGCCGAGAAGAGCGGGCGCAUCAAGCCCGGCGACACUCUGAUCGAGCCUACAAGCGGCAACACCGGCAUCGGCCUUGCCCUCGUCGGCGCCAUCAAGGGCUACAAAACCAUCAUCACGCUUCCUGAGAAGAUGUCGGCCGAGAAGGUCUCUGUUCUGCGAGCCCUGGGCGCCACCAUCAUCCGAACCCCCACCCAGGCCGCCUGGGACAGCCCGGAGAGCCACAUUGGCGUGGCGAGGCGCCUGCUGAAGGAGAUCCCAGACUCGCACAUCCUUGACCAGUAUACCAACCUGGACAACCCGCUCGCGCACGAGUACGGGACUGCCGAGGAGAUCUGGGCGCAGACGGGCGGCAAGGUUACGGCGGUCGUCGCCGGCGCGGGGACGGGCGGCACCAUCACGGGGCUGGCCCGCGGGCUGCGGAAACACGACAAGAACAUCAAGGUGGUGGCGGCCGACCCGUUCGGCAGCAUCCUGGCGCUACCCGAGAGCCUCAACGAGGAAAAGGCCAACAUCCCGUACAAGGUGGAGGGCAUCGGCUACGACUUCAUCCCCGACGUGCUUGAGCGCGAGCUCGUCGACAAGUGGUACAAAACGGACGACCGCGAGUCGUUCCAGCUGGCCCGGCGGCUGAUCGCCGAGGAGGGCCUGCUGGUCGGCGGCAGCUCCGGCAGCGCCAUGGCCGCCAUGGUCCGUGCGGUCAAGGAGCUCGGGCUCGGCAAGGGCGACGUCGUGGUGGUCAUCCUGCCCGACAGCAUCCGGUCCUAUCUGUCCAAGUUCGCCGACGACGACUGGCUGGCCGCUAACGGCCUCCUGUCGGCCGACGCGGCCGACGCCGGGAACGUCAGCGGCAGCGGCGAGGGCGGCGCGGCACAGGCACUGGCCUCGCCGCAGACCCCGAGCGACCCGUACGCGGGCGCCACGGUGCGGUCGCUCCGGCUCAAGCCGGUCACGUCGGUGCUGACCGACAGCCCGUGUGCCGAGGCGAUCGAGACGAUGCGCGAGAAGGGCUUCGACCAGCUGCCGGUGCUGACGCCGACGGGCGGCAAGCUGGCGGGCCUGGUGACGCUGGGCAACAUGCUCAGCUUCAUCUCGCGCGGGCGCGCGGCGCCAAAGAGCCCCGUCGGCGAUGUCAUGUUCAACUUUGGACGCAUCGACGAGGUGGUCACGGACCCGCGCCGCUUCGGCUCCGACCUAAAGGACAAGAAGCGCAAGUUCGUCGAGAUCACCAUGGACACGCCGCUGUCGGCGCUCAGCCGCUUCCUCGAAUGGAACAGCGCCGCCGUCGUGACGGAGAAGAGGGCCGACGGCGACGGGUCCAAGCCCGUGGCCGUCGUCACCAAGGUGGAUCUGCUGACCUGGAUGAUCAAGCAGAAGCCGUAG